ACAGCCGAGCGUCCGACUCCGAGGCGGGCUCCGAGGACUCGGACCUGCUGGGCGGCCGGGAGGACCUGAAGGUGUCGUGCGCCAAGGAGAUGGCUCUGCUGGCGCUGCUGGAGAAGACCGGCUACGACAUGGUGCAGGAGAACGGCCAGAGGAAGUACGGCGGCCCGCCGCCCGGGUGGGAGGGGCCGGCGCCGCCGCGGGGCUGCGAGAUCUUCGUGGGGAAGGUUCCCCGAGACAUGUACGAGGACGAGCUGGUGCCGCUGUUCGAGAGCGCCGGCAGGAUCUACGAGUUCCGGCUCAUGAUGGAGUUCAGCGGCGAGAAUCGCGGCUACGCCUUCGUCAUGUACACCAACAGGGAGGAGGCCGCCAGGGCCAUCCAGAUGCUGGACGGGUACGAGGUCCGACCCGGGAGGUUCAUCGGAGUGUGCGUGAGUCUGGACAACUGCCGCCUCUUCAUCGGCUCCAUCCCCAAAGACCGCAGGAAGGAGGAGAUCCUGGAGGAGAUGAAGAAGGUGACGGACGGCGUGGUGGACGUGGUCGUGUAUCCCAGUUCCUCAGACAGAAGCAGAAACCGCGGCUUCGCCUUCGUGGAGUACGAGUCCCACAAAGCUGCCGCCAUGGGCAGGAGGAAGCUCAUUCCAGGAACCUUCCAGCUGUGGGGGCAUCCCAUCCAGGUGGACUGGGCGGAGCCGGAGAAGGACGUGGAGGAGGAGGCCAUGCAGCGCGUCCGAGUCCUCUAUGUCCGUAACCUGAUGCCCGACACCACGGAGGAGACCCUGCGGCAGGAGUUCUCGCGCUUCAAGCCCGGCAGCGUGGAGCGGGUCAAGAAGUUGACCGAUUACGCCUUCAUCCACUUCCGCAGCCGCACCGAGGCGCUCGCCAUGCUCGGCGUGAUGAACGGCGCUCAGAUCGACGGCGCCACCGUGGAGGUGUCGCUGGCCAAACCCACCGCGACCAAAGAGCCGGUGGGGGGGAGGAGGAGCAGUAGGGGGUCCUUAGGAGGGGGAGGAGAGGAGAUGUUUUCUUUUCGGCGUAACAGAGAGAUGAUGGACAGACGCUCUUCGCUCAAAAACCUGCCCCUGCACUCUCGCGUGGGAAACCCCUUCUACGGUGCUGGAGGUGGAGGAGAGGAACCAAAGCGCUUCAAGCUGCCCCUGCUCCCCUGCACCCCCCUGGCCCCCACCAGCCUGCUGUCGGUGAGGCCCAGCCAGAUCCGGUCGGCCGUCACCCUGCUGGAGUACCACUGCCGCCGGAACUGCUGGCCCCCGCCCGAGUACCACCUGUACUCCACGCCGGACCCGGACGGGAACCUGCUGCUGCUCUACAAGGUGGUGAUGCCGUCUGCGCAGGGGAUCUUCAUCCCUGACAAACUGUGUCUGCUGCUGGAGGACGCCAAGGAGCUCGCCGCUCACAACGCCCUCUGGAGCCUGGACCCCUUCCUCAGCAGAUCCUCCUGCAAGUCCUCCAGCAGCUCCUCCUCCUCCACCCUGUCCCUGCCCGACUCCGCCGUCACGCCCUGCGGCGCCCAGGCCUUCCCCUCCUGCCUGUCUCCGCCCCCGCCGCCUCUCUCGCCGUACCCCCCCAUCUCCACCUUCUCCUCCACCCCCCCGCCUCAGAGGCUCUUCAUGAACUCUCAGUCUGUGUUCUACUGACGGUGAGUUCGUCCUCCGCCGGUUCUCGUGGAUCAGACGGAGAAGAAAAGGCGGGACUUCCUGUUUGUCCUGAGCAGAUGUUCACCGAUGAUCUUCAUCCCUUUCAUGGCUACGUUAACAAAGAGAGUGAAAGUCCUCCAGACAGGAAACGAACACGCGUUCCUCUCGUUUCAGAAGCUCCUCCUCCUCCGGUUUCACCUGCAGCUCCACCUGUGCUCAGAAAGAUCCGUUUGGGUUCAGUUUUCAGGGACAAUCUGCAAAUUAUUGACAAACAAAAAAACCACAAUCAUAUUUAUAUUCAAAUAAAAAUGUUGAUUAAAAAAUAGACAUUUUAUUUUAAUUUUUUUAAAUAAAUUCCUAUUUAUUUACAUUUGAUUGGUAGAGUUUAAAAGUAAUGAUAACAUUUUUAUUUUUCUCAAAAUAAUUGAAAUCCAGGACACAUUUAUUUUAAGUAAUCUUUGAAGGAAACGCCCCUUAAACAUUCUUUUAAUAUAAAUGUAUCAAUUGUUGAGCGUCUUCAUCGGAGGAGGAGGAGGAGCUUUAAAGUAGUUCACAGUAUUUUAGGUCAAAUGAGAGUUCUGUGGUUUUAUUGACAGUUUUGUUGUUUGAUUUUGAUGAUUCCUGUUUGGUUAAUCGAUCACAUGUUUGUCGUUCUUCUGUCUGCUGAUGGAAGUUCUUCUUCUCCAACACUUUUUUUCUUCUGUUCUCAAACUUUUUUCCAUUUUUAUUUUUUUGUUUUUUUGUGGUGCAACUUUCAAAUUGACGAUCAAAACUGUAAAAAUCUGCCAUAUUUAUGAAAAUAGACUGAAGUCAAAUCAACAAAAGUAGAUAAUUAGUUUAGACAAAAGUAUUUAUUUAAGAUUCUUUAACCCGUGGAAGCUUUGAUUAUUAAAUGUUCAGCAGAUGGAGAUGAA